GAGCCAUACAAGUACUUUACUUACUCGAUCACUGCUCAGAACAGAUGGGUCAAGGUCAAAUAAUAAGACCAUUCAACCAGGGGGGAGUAGCAAAGUGACCGUACUUUUGAAGAAGCAUCCAUAUUCCAUAUCCCAAAGCACCCAAAGUCUGCACGAGAGAGAGAGAGAGAGAGAGAGAGAGAGAGAGAGAUGGUGUUCAACAGCCUGAUAGUGGUGUCGGUGGCACACCUGUCAGCGGAGGCAUGGCAACACGUGGCGUGCCUGCCGGAGCGUCUGAGCAGCCGGCAGCUGUUGGAUCUUGUGUGCGUCAUCCCUCUCCAGGAAUUGGGUCGCCUCACUCUUUGCCUCUGGACCUUCCUCUGCGUCCCUCCUCCCGACUCCUACUUCUCCCGUUACUCCGACUCCGACUCCGACUCUGACUCUGACUCCUCCACCACCGUCGAUUACGAUGACUAUUACUACCACCCGCAUUCCGAUUGAUUCAUCAUCUAAGUACGCUGCUUCGUGUCACGCCCACUGUAAAUCUCGAGUCUUGACAGUGCGACUCUGACUUAAAAUGGAAGUAAUGGUCAUGAAACUAGAGGGUCGGAAGAAUGUGUGCUUCAGCUGAAAAUUGGUCCUUACCUAAAAUGGUGAUAUCCAGCUGUAAAUGUGCAGCACAAGGUGGGUGGAUUCUUGAUGGUUCCGUGAUUAGGAGUUGACUUGAGCGUGAUCUGAGAUGGCAAUAUGAUUAAGAUGUUGUUGUGUGAUUUAACAUCUCAGCAAACUCACUGCCUUUAUUUCUCUAAAUAUCAUAGAUCC